AUGAGACAGUUUGUAUGCAGUAAACACGGUCUAAGAGAGAUGAAACACUUUAAGAGGGUUGAUAGGAAAAGAGAACACAGUCCUACGACCCGCAUGAAAUGUCCCGCUAGGCUUCGUGUGCAUUACAAAGCCGACAAGAAUAGAUAUGUAGUGACGUUUCUUUAUGAGACUCACAACCAUGAAUUAACCCCAACUAGGUUUAUACACUUACACCCCAUUUAUCGUGACAUUUCUGAAGCAGAUAGAGCUCAGAUUAAUGGACUUCAGUCACAUGGAAUUAGAACUUGUCAUAUAAUGGGGUACAUGGUUGCUCAGAAGGGUGGAUACGUUUGUGUUGGGUUUACAAAGAAGGAUAUGUAUAAUUAUUUUGAUAGAAAAAUGCGUGCUACUAUUAAAGAUGGGGACGUUGCCGCUGCUUUAAAUUAUCUACAUGUGAAGACAUCUACUGAUCCCAUGCUAAAUGCUAAAUAUGUCGUCACCGGUGAUGGGCAAAUGAAGUCUCUUUUUUGGGCUGAUGGGAUCAAUAGACCUGACUAUUUUUGUUUCGGCGAUGUGGUUGCAUUCGACGCGACUUACAAGAAGAACAAAUACAACUACCCAUUGGUGAUAUUUUCAGGGUGCAACCACCAUGCUCAAACAGUUAUUUUUGGUACUACAUUGGUGUCAGAUGAAACGACAAAUACAUAUAAGUGA